AUGGGGCUCAAAAGCGUCUUCCUCUCACUCCUCACAUUCGUGCCACUCAUUACGGCAGCUCCCGGCCUGUCGUCGCCAUCGCUGUCUAAGCGACAGGUGUGCGAGAACACAGCCGAUGCUCGGAGUUGCUGGGGAGAUUUUGACAUAUCGACCAACUACUAUGACGAGGUUCCUGACACUGGAGUCACCCGUGAAUAUUGGUUCAACAUUGUCAACACCACUGCUGCCCCUGACGGGGUGGAGAGAAUAGUCUUGGCAGUGAAUGGAACAAUUCCGGGUCCAACCAUCAUUGCUGACUGGGGUGACAAUGUUGUUGUGCAUGUGACCAACUCCAUGCAAGAUAACGGCACCUCCAUUCACUUCCACGGAAUUCGCCAGAACUACACGAACCAGAAUGACGGCGUUGCUGCCAUCACCCAGUGCCCUACCGCUCCUGGCCAGACGACUACCUACCGAUGGAGAGCUACUCAGUACGGUUCCUCAUGGUGGCACUCUCACUUCUAUGUUCAGGCAUGGGACGGCGUCUUUGGCGGGAUCAUCAUCAAUGGGCCUGCCACAGCCAACUACGACGUCGACCUGGGCUCUAUGAUUCUGGCCGACUGGUCUCAUGACACUGCGGAUAACCUGGCUCUCCUUUCUCGCGUGCAAGGUCCGCCAUCCAUGGACACUGGGCUGAUCAACGGUACCAACACCUUCACUCAGGACGACGGUACCGUUGUUGGAGCGCGUCAUGAGACAGUCUUCACCGCGGGGACUCGAUACCGCAUCCGGCUGGUAAACGUUGCAGCCGACACUCAUUUCAAAUUCACGAUUGACAAUCACACUAUGGAAGUCAUUGCAAGCGACUUUGUGCCAGUUAAUCCUUAUUCAACCGAUGUCGUGAACAUUGCCAUUGGCCAGCGGUAUGAUGUUAUCGUAACUGCCAACGCCACGGCCGACAACUACUGGCUGCGUGCUAUUGCCCAGACAUCAUGCUCGGAAAAUGAUAACCCCGGAGACAUCAAGGGCAUCAUCCGUUACGACAGCACGUCUACAGCAGAGCCCACCUCCAAGGCCAACGAUAACGCCGCAACUGACGAGUGCAUCGACGAGACCAACCUCGUGCCCUACGUCAAGGUCGACGCCUCCGACCUAGCUGACAUAUCAACCGACUUCUCCGUCGCAGUCGCCGCCUCCGCGGGCCGCUUCUACUGGUCCAUGGGCAACAACACCUUCAUCAACCAGUGGAACUACCCAUCCCUGCUGCAGGUGCACGACGACAACAACACCUGGGCCGCCGAGCAGAACAUGUACCAGCUGCCCAACGCCAACGAGUGGGUCUACUGGAUCGUCCAGACCAACCUGGGCGCCGCGCACCCCCUGCACCUGCACGGCCACGACUUCUGGGUCCUCGGCCAGGGUGUCGGCAAGUAUGAUGCCGCCACGGCGAACCUCCAGACCGCCAACGUGCCGCGUCGCGAUGUUGUGCUGUUGCCGGCUAGCGGCUGGGUCGCCUUCGCUUUCAUUACGGACAACCCUGGUGUUUGGCUCACUCACUGCCACAUUGCAUGGCACACCUCGGAAGGUCUCGCCGUCCAGAUGGUCGAGAGGCAGUCCGAGAUGGCAGAUCUCAUUGACAGCACCGAGUUGACGGACACCUGCGACGCCUGGAACGCAUAUGCCACUGAGGCGAAGCUGAUCCAGGAUGAUUCCGGCUUAUAG